AUGCUCAAGUCCCUGUUCCGUCGGUCGCGGACAGCGCGUGUGCCGCUCCAGAGUGGACACAUUGACGUGCAAAGAGUGUCGGUGACACGGCAAUCCAAACCCGUCAUUUCCCGCAUCCUGACCAGUUUCGUCCUCAGUUACUGCGUCAUCUCCACCAUAAACCAACUGCUUCCCAAAGAACAGCCCAAAAAGUCGGACCAGAAUACAGUGGCAUCUAGGCUACCCGAACAGCCGCCACAGAAUGCCUCACUCCCAGGUUCUGAUUUCCAACCGAACGAAAUCAGCCUUCCCCUCCUUUGGUCCAUCCGCAAGCGGAGGGGUCUGCCUUAUAGACCCGAAGAUCCAGAAUGGAAGACAUUCCAGAAACUCCAACAGGACCACAAACUGGUCCACGACAUAAAGGUGCAAGUUGCAAAAUUGGUCGAGAAGGAAGCCACAAGGCGGGAACAGUUGAUUGGAUUUUUCCGGGUCAUCCAACCACAAGAAAUGCGAGUCAGCCUUGAACUGGUCGUCCCGUUGAAUCGCCCUCCUGUGUACGAGGUGAAAUAUCUUGUCCUCAAACCUGGGCAAACUUCGGUCGCCUGGCGACAACUACCAGAAUCGUAUGGAAGCAGACUGGACCGUGCUCUCCAUCCGAUCAUCCUCGGAAAAGCAUUCUAUUACGGACUCAAGGAGUUUUGGGUCAUAUCAUACCGGAUCACAAAAGCUCGUGCUGUGGACCGCUUGACUUCGGCCGGGCUUUUAUCAUCCAGCAACACCAGCACCCUAAACAACAUCCGCCCAUUCUAUCUAUCUCACCUACCAACAGCAAGAAGAAAUCUCAGUGAGGAAGAAAAGGCUGCCCAGCAACUUCCGAUCCGACGGAUUCCCGAGAAUGACAUGAAGAAAAUGCUGCCUUUCCUCCGGGGCGAAUAUGGACAACACGAAUCCAUGCAAGGUUACCGCGAUGCUGUGCGCACAAUGACGUACCAGGAUGCCAUUGAAUCCGCAUGUACUAUGUUCCGGCUACAUUGGUCUUUGGGCCAAAGCAAAGCGGCACAUACAGAUGCCCGUGAUCCGUGUCAUAUCAUCGGGCAUAUUGAGUUCGUUGGGGAGCGUGGUAAACUGCGGUUGGAUGUCUUCGCGGUCUAUUCUCCCAAAGCGAAGAGUCUGGUCGGCCGACCAGUGAUUACAAAAGCGUAUGGUAUUCCAGAUGCCACGAAAUGGCACGACCCGCGGUUGCGUCGGCGGAGCCAGGGAUUUAUCCAGGACGUCUCACAACCAAAAGGCAACCCUGGCUUGAAACAAACUCCUCCUACUGCCGUUGCUGCUCCUCCUUCUCCGGCACCACCUCCACCGCCUCCAGAGUCUGUUCCAGAUGAGUCUGGUACAGACACAGAUGAGAAAGAACGGAGAGAAGCGGACGAAGAAAGAGAUGGUGAGAAGUGA